CGAGCGGGGAUCUCGAGGGUUGUGUGGCCUGUGUGCAUCUGCUUCGGUUUUGCCACCUUGACGGCUUAGGGCCCAAGAGGGUAGAGAAAUGCGCAUUAGCGAGUCAAGUGGUUACAAGCCAUCCCUACCAGAUCAGGCAUCGGUCACCAAACUCUUCUUCCCGAGCCUAACCUCCCAUCCCAACGUCACGCGACGGGACGCCUGGACGGGGAGUGUUAAGUGUACCACCCAGAGCCCUCGUACAGGCUGUCACACCUGGAUUCCCAGGCUCUUUAUCACACGAUGUUCCCAUGUGCAGGGGGUCAGAUGCGCGACUCGAACCGACCCGAACCGAAUUAAUCCAGAACUGAGAUGGGGGUUGGACAGAAGAGAGAUUCUGGUGCAAGUUCGUGGCGCUGAAAGCCCAGAUCUCUCCCCUUGGAUCGGAGGGUGGCAGGGCAGCAGGGCAGGGCCAUCUGGAGUUGUUUGUCUGCUCGUUUCGCCACGUCAUAAUGUGAGGGAAGAUCGCUCGCACUUUGCCCACAGACACACUUUCUACCCGAGCGAGCACAGACAGGUCGGGAGGUGAACCUGGUUCUGUGCCUCCUUCUUCCUUAGGGCCAAGCCACUGAACCACCACCCCAGGCCAAUCGCUCUGUCAUCCCGCCAUGGAUGCAUUACCGACUGUUUCCGACAGCCACGCCAGCCCCAAAACGGGCGAGGAUGUUGUGAUGGGCUGACCCAGGGCGCCUGCUCAUAGGCCCCCCUGUCGUCACGUGACCGUAACCGUAUGCGGGCUGAUCGAUGAUCCCAGUUAGCAUGGCGAGCUUCCCGUCUUGCUCUUCCCGUUGCCGGCGGUAAACUAAUACUGUU